AUGGCUCGGACACUGGUUACUCCAGAAAAUACUCCGCAAAAGCAAAAGACAAGCCAGCCCAAAAAGACAGCUACUUCUGCCCUGCUCAGCAAUCUUGACACUCCUUCCAAGUCCUCGAUUGCGACCUCGCGUCUCAAGCAAGCUCUUACUACCAAGGCUUUCGACGUGCUCAUUCAUGCUCCUGUCUUCAUCACUCCUCGCAUCCUCCAGCUCUACGUCGACCUGCAGUGUCUCUUGAAACGUCCAGAGUCCUUCCCAGCCGUCUUCACCCUGUAUCGUGAGAAGCCUGUACCGCGGCCAUCCAGUCAAGACGGCAUAAUCACCUACGACAACACCAAUCCCGACAAGCCUGCCGCUGCCGUCCAACCUGCUGUGGCCGAAAUGGCCAUCGACGCUGCAAUCGCAAGCCGUGAUUUGUCUCUCGCCUUGGCCACUAUUGACGCUACUUACUGCACAAAGGCAUACAAACGCUCAAAGUUCCUGCGAGGUGCUCUCAUUCCCUUGACUGGCUUCUUCUUGACCCCGCCCGCUGCUUACACCCUCGCAACACGCUAUAGCGACUACCAGAACACGAUGGACCCAGCAAUGGCCACCAACAUCGCCAUGGCUGCUAUGAUGACAUAUAGUGUAUGUGUUGGCAGUAUCGGCUACGUUGCCCUGACCACUGCGAAUGAUCAAAUGGUUAGAGUUACCUGGGCUCCCGGUGUGCCGUUGUGGGAACGUUGGACACGCGAGGAAGAACGAGCCGCUCUUGACAAACUGUCCCAAGCUUGGGGUUUUACUAGUACAGAAAAGUGGGGAGAGGAGGAGGGUGAAGAGUGGGACUAUCUCAAGGAGUUCUGCGGUCUCAGGGGGAUGAUGCUCGAUCGCGUUGAAUUGAUGGACGGCAUGGAGUAA